CAGUCAGUGACGUUACGGGGAUCCCUUCUGGUGCGCGGUCCGCUCAUUCGCUCCGUCUAUAGUUCGAAUAGUAAUAGUAAUAAUAAUAAUAAAACAACGCACCGCGCGCGCCGCUGCACGGUCGGUCACUCAAGCUAUAUAUUAUUAUUAUUAUCGUCACUCACUCGAGCACACGCGCGCCACCGUAGCACACGUUGUCACGCGAACAUGUCGUCCGGGUGCUAGUCAUCAACGCUGUCUGCUCGUUUGUUUGUUUGUUUGUUUAAUUUGUUUUAAUUUUUUGAAAAAUUAAUUUUUUUCCGUUUAAAUUUUUUUUUUUCAUUUCAAAAGUUUUAUCUCGUUACGAAAAAUUUUUCUUCUCUCGUCCCCGAUCAUUUUUCGUCCGUUCCGAUAAUUAUUAUUUUUAAAUAAUACACGCGCGGACGAGCGUCAUCUCAUCCAAUAUAUUACAUUAUAUUAUUAUUAUUUUAUUCCUCGUGUCGUAUAAAUAAUAUUACGUUGCAUCGUCAAUACCGAGUCGGUGUUUGCUAACGUAUUAUAACAGUACGAUAUACCUACCUAAUACAUACGCACGAUAUAACUACUGUCGUUGAUCGUCAUGUUGAUGUCCGGCGCAAUGACCAAUCCAGACACCAGUCUGUUGGGUACGGCCGAAGGUCUGGUCGGCAGCCUGGCCAGCCUGACCGCUGUGCCCGGCUCCGGCGGCGGCGGCGGUGGCGGUGGCCAGCAAAAAGACACCACGUGGACCAAGCUGUUCGUCGGUGGACUGCCGUACCACACCACUGACAAGUCGCUCAGGGAUCACUUCGCCGUGUACGGCGACAUCGAAGAGGCGGUCGUCAUCACGGACAGACAGUCCGGCAAGAGCAGGGGCUACGGAUUUGUGAUAAUGGGCGACAGACCUGCGGCCGAGAGGGCGUGCAAAGAACCGAACCCAAUCAUUGACGGGCGGAAAGCCAACGUAAAUUUGGCCAUACUAGGAGCAAAACCUCGAGGAAAUUUACAGCCAGCGUUUGCUUUUCCGAGUAUAAGAGCUGGAUACUCUGCUGUGAUACCUAGCCAAUUUGGGGUGCAGCCGAGCUACCUGUACCAAGCCGGUCAAGCGGCCAGCGCAGCGUACUUGGGCGGCGGCGGCGUCAUGCCGCUGGCCCCGACGCAUGCCGCAGCAAUGGCCGCGGCCACGUCGCAGUUCUACGAGUACCAGAACGCCGCCGCGGCUGCAGCGGCCGCAGCGGCUCUGUCGUCCUAUCCGUCGCAGUACGCCGCCGCAGCUGCAGCGGCUGCAUCGUUCGACCCGUACACAUCAGCAGCCGCAGCCGGAGUCGCCAACUACGCCACGCCGUAUUCCUACGCGGCGCUGCCCAGCAGUACUGCGGGUCUGCCGACAGCCGCGAGCUCGGCCAGCGCGUUCACCGGCCUGUCUCCGUACACGGCAGCCGCCGCCCAACAAGCGGCGUCGCUGCAAGAAGCUCGAUUGCAGUAGCAUUGUCAAUUCAAAGCAGCCCGUGCCCUCCGUCCUAGAUUACGAAUUUUUCAGAGUCAGGGACAUCGGUAGUGUGUCGUCGUCGUCGUCGCCGUUUGUCGACAGGCAAACAAAAAAAAAAAAAAAAAAUUUUUUUUUUAAUAAAUAAAA